AUGCCUGCCGCCAUUGCAGCCAUGGAUGAGUUCGACUCGUACGGCCGGGGCACAGCUCAUGGCCUUUCGGAAAUUCAAUCUUUUUACAAUGGUAAGACGGUUUUUUUGACUGGCGCCACUGGAUUCGUGGGCAAUUUAAUACUGGAAAAACUAAUCAGAACUUGUUCUGGAGUUAAACGAAUUUAUGUCUUGAUCAGAGAGAAAAAAGGAAAAACUACAGAAGAAAGGUUUAAACAGCUCUUCAAUGACCCAGUAUUUGAAUUAAUGAAAAAAGAACAGCCAAACUAUUUGGAAAAGAUCACAUCGGUAAUCGGUGAUUGUUGUUUACCAAAUUUAGGGAUACAAGAGAAAUACAUGGACAUUAUGAAAGAUGAAGUUAACAUUGUUAUACACUCCGCCGCUACGGUAAGAUUCGACGAACAUUUAAGAAAAGCGGUAAACAUCAAUAUUAUCGCCUUGAAGGAUAUGCUGAAAAUGAGCCAAGGAAUGAAAGGCUUAAAGGCUUUCGUUCAUAUUUCAACAGCUUAUUCGAAUUGUGCCGGGAGAAAAGUUGUAGAUGAGGUGUUCUAUAAGCCACCAAUAUCUGGAAACAAUUUAUUUAAGGUCGUGGAGAGUCUUGACGAUGACUACAUCGAUAAAAUUACUCCUUCAUUGCUGAAGGAGUGGCCAAACACGUAUGCGAUGACAAAAGCAAUUGCAGAAGGUGAAAUCACAGAACACGGCAAAGGGUUACCCAUCGGAGUGAUAAGGCCGUCGAUGAUCGUGGCCACAGACAACGAACCGGUCCCCGGUUGGAUCAACAACAUCUACGGACCGACAGGGGUCGUCGCGGCCACCGGCGUUGGACUCCUGAGGUGCAUGAUCGCCGAUCCCGACAAAAUAGCCGACAUCGUGCCCGGAGACUUCGUCAGCAAUGCCGUUGUGGCCUCCGCCUGGGACAUCCACAACCAAUGGGAAGCAGUCGGUUUGAAUAAGGAACAGUUCGUGCCACCAAUUUAUAAUGUCGUUUCUUCGAGCUCUAACCCAUUAACAUGGGGAGAAUUUUCGGCGUUCAACAAAAGCCAUGGAAGUCACGCACCCUCUGUAAAAGCGAUCUGGCCAUUUAUGUUGAGGAUUUCCAAAACCAAAUACGAAUAUACAAUCUUGUGUUUUCUCCUCCACAUCUUACCCGCGUUCAUUAUCGAUUCCUUAGCCAAACUAACGGGAAGAAAGCCACAAUUAAUGGAAGGUUACAAGAAAAUUCACAAGUUCAUCGAAGUCGUAUCGUACUUCUCCCUAAAGUCAUGGACAUUCCACGACGACAACACGAAGUCGCUUAUAAAAAAGCUGUCCAAACUGGACCAGUCCCUGUUUAGGUUCGAUAUUGCCAAAUUAGACUGGAACGAGUAUUUCAAGAAACACGUGGUGGGCAUUCGACUGUACAUCUUUAAAGAUCCACUGGACACCGUGCCGGAAGCGUUAAGACGAAAUAAAAAAUUGUACAUGAUUCACUACACGUUAAUGUCCUUUUUGGUGGCAUUAUUGAUGGUAGUAGUUUACGGACUGUUUCUACUAUUCGUAUAG